AAGGCUGACGAUAGGUGUUGGGGCAAUUACGCAAGAGUCGCGAACAUUUUCGCUCUUGUUGUUUCCGUCUCGUGCUACAAUUUCAAUCAUAGAAAACCAAAACCUAAGAGAACUACAAAGAAAGAAUUUCCAGCUGUAGAGUGUGGACGAUCUCGCGAAAUCGACCUAGACUCAGCUGAACACGACAAAAAAAAUCACGUGAAAAAUGAACCCAACGUUUCAAUCCUCGGUGUUUGGCUCGGGGCCUGCGCCGGGCCCAAUCCCGGGUGGACCGAUGACGGGGUCAAAUCAGGCAAGCUCUUCGCAACGGGUAGCCAACAUGCAGACUUACCAAUCCAGCGUGUUUGCGGACAACUCGCCGAAACGUAAAGGGCUAUAGCUAAUAAAAAUCACUAAUUUUUAGUGCUUUGCGUGCAAGGGAAAUCAAGUUGGCUCCUCAUGAUUUGUAUUUGGCACGACAGAGCGAGAGGAGCUUACUUCUGUCUGUGCGGCUGCAUUGAUUCUGGAAGAUUUUCUACUUUUCCGUCCGCAUGAUAUUAUUAAAGUCCGAUCUGAAAUUGUGACAAAAAACAGGAAACGUCGCGACGCGUCCCACAUCUAGCGGCGUCACCCGAACGACGAACAACAUUUUUACUGAGCCGCAACCUGGCUUGAAUGAGCCAACCAGCAUGCACGCCUGGUUCGGAAAGGGCAAAAAGACGGAGGAAUGUAAGGACUGAGUUUUUUUAAUACAACCAAUUGCUGUUUGCAACACAUCAACAAGUUUACGCUUCGAAGCGUUUUGCGUAUGACAAACGGAAAUCUUCACGAAAUCUAUCAUGACAGCCUGCCGUUCCGAGUUCACGGGCUACGUGAGGUCCGUAGACAAGGACAAACUUCAAUCCGAACUUCUCUCUUCUGACGGGCACGCAGCCCCCUGCCAUAGGAGGAAACCCUUCGCCGACGCGCGCUACCAGAGCAACAUCAGGACGCUUGGCGCCGACGAGAUGCCGAACGUGGAAACGAAACUGGACCGACACCUGGUGUCCGAUGGCGUCAAGGGGAGUCUGCGCAUGAGCGCGAGCCCACUCCGCGGGGAGAGGCAAGCGGCGCAGCAGGCAGCAGCAGUGCGGGAGCCGAUCGAUAUUGCGCCAAGUUUCAGCGAAGACUCCAUGACGUCGAUCUACUAUGCAAUAAAAAAAGAUUGUAGCUGUAAGUUUGUGUUGAUGCGCUAAGUACAUGUGUUAAGAUGAUUGCGUCUCAUGCUGGUCAUGCAUUGCAGGACCAGGAGUCAACUCAAGCGCGGUUUCACGUGCUAUUUGCGCAAGACAGGUUUUUGCUGUCAUGCCAAACAGAUUUGUAAUGCUGGCCAGCCAAAAUCAAAAAGUUACACCUACGAUCUUUUUUUCUUUGAUUUCUACCCGAACGCGACGAGCAUACACAAGAAGAGGACGGUACACAAUUUAAUUUGAUUUGUGCACCACGAGGAUGAGCAUGCAUCAGAGAAAAUGCUUAUGCUGCAUUGCAUGCUGGGGUAACGACCACAACAAUUUUUCGUUUCAAAAAUAAUCUCCUCAGGUGAAGCACGAACACACCCCAUACGCUCACAGCGAGGAGUUUACCAUGCUCAAGCAAGAAGUCCGCGACUUCAACGACGGCGUUCCGCCCUCCAUGCUCAGUGGCAGCUAUGCAGCAGGAGGGUAUUUUGUAGUUUCUAUGUUUUCCACUUUCACUCUCAGAAGUUCACCUCAAUCCGCAUGCCAUGGUGUCAUGACUGUUGGUUGAUGUGGGCUUUUUUGGCACCGGGGGUAUCUAUUACUUUGUCACAGCAGCGCCGACCCCUCACCAUCCCUCCGCGGCGUCCCGCAUGGCUACCAAGACUAUUACAACCCAAACCUGGUGGAACGGAGCACGUUGUUAGACCAUAACCCGACGCGAUCGAGCGCGCCGGUGGAGUCAGAGUCGUCGAAAACGGGAAAAAAGCUGAUUCCGCAGCCGGAGAGGUUACAGGGCAACCCGGACGCGCUGAUGCACGUCGGACGUAUUACUUAUCCGAUUCGCUUAGCCUUAGCCUUACUAAUGUUGGUGCAAUCAAAUUUUGGGUCUACUUCGCAUGACAGACGCAUUAGGUUACUUUAUGAAAGUCUAGCAUGACAGGCUGCAAGAACAGUAGAGACUUAAGAAGAAAAAACGCAUCAGAUGGCCUCGGCAGCGGGCCGGAGGCGGUACCGAGAAAAAACUACCAUCUAAUGGUCCACCAAGCCCCCUUGCGCGGCGACUACUCCCGACAAGUCAUCACGCGGUACGAGCAGAGCCCAGCGAGCAAGGGACAGCAGGAUUUGUUUCACUAGAAAACCGGUCUACUUGAAAUGCACCAAGCUGCGGGAGGUGGUCCAGCAGCGAGCAGUACAGUAUAAUAGAUACGAAAAAUAUUCAUUGUCACGACCAAGCGAAGUAUAGAACGAAGUAGUUGUGCUACUGGAUCAGGCUCACUGACAGCCUGAGCACAGACAAGAAACUCAGCCAACAGCCGGCACUCUUCGCUGCGUGCCUUGCAGUUGUACCUGAAACAAUAAGAAAUGAACGAGAGGAAUGAAAAUUAGAGAUUUAUGCCAUAGCUGCCAUGAUGAAACGAUAACAGAAGAUUCAUUCUGUGCCUAUCGUUACGACCAUCGUUUCAGAAAUUUCACACUUGUUACAAGCGCCUGAUAGGGCCUCGUCGUCUAGCGUAAACUAGAAAUGAUUUUUCCCGCACCGAUAAUUGCAUAUUCCUUUUUUCAUGGUUUCCGUCCAUCUGCCGACCGGAUGACCGUUUUAUCUGAAAACAGAAGAAGCCUUCUACCUCCACCAUCGUGGAGGAACAUUAGAACACCCUACAAGAGCGUAUAAAAAACAUUUAAGUGAAAGCACGAAUCGGAAAAGAAAUGAACCCAACGUCAGAGCAGUAACCAAUGAAAAACGGAGCGGAAUUAUGCUCCUUGCAGCCACCUCGCUGUUUUUUUACAAAGCAGUGACGAAUAUAAGAUUUUUGGCAAGAAGACAGCAACAAGGUUGUGCCUUUUGCUAUUUUUGCGCAGUGCAUGUCAACGUCAUGCAAGAUAAAGAG